AUGUCGUUCCAGAAGGCCCUUCGCAGCGACAGUGACUGGGACGAUGAGAUCGUCCAGGUCGCCGGCGUGCUCCAGGUCGUCGACGUCCACCAGAGCUGGUGCGGGCCGUGCAAAGCGGUAGCGUCCACGCUCAAGCGGGUCGUCAUGGAUCACGGCGACAAGCCCAUCAAGUUCUUCACCGCCGACUGCGAGAAGAUCGCGGCUCUGAAGAAGAGCGUGGGCGGCAGCGAGCCGAGGUUCCAGCUGUGGAUGAACGGAAAAAUGAAAAAGGAAGUCAAGGGGGUCGAUGCGCCGGAGAUCCUCGGCGCCAUAUUCAAGGAGCUCGGAAUCAAGACUUGA